AUGAGCAGCCAGGCCCUACCCACACUCCUGGGGCUGGUACAGCAGAAGCUGCUAAGGGAAGAGGACUCAGUCAUCUCUGCUCUGGCGUAUCUGCCCAAAGAGCUCUUCCCACCACUAUUCAAGGAGGCCUUCACCAGAAGACAAACUGACAUCCUGAGGGCAAUGGUCCAGGUUUGGCCCUUCCCCUAUCUUUUGAGCCCAGCAGAGAAGUUCCCUACAGUUGUGCCAUCAGAAGAUAAAAAUUUGGAGAUUGCCUACCCACAGUGUCAGGGAGGUCUUGACAGUUUCCCAGCCACACAUCUCUAUAUGAGUGGUGCCAACUUUCUCAGUGACCACAUGAAACAGUUGUCCAGGCUCCUGGAUUCCCCCUUGGAGACCCUCUCCAUCAGUUCCUGCCAGUUUUCACAGUCAGAUUUGAAUUCCCUAUGGUGUCAGCGCCUCAGUCAGCUCAAGCACCUGAAGCUGAGAGGUACUGAAGUAGUCGAUUUAUGUCCUGUGCCUCUCCAAGUUCUCCUAGAGAGAGUUUCAGGAACUCUGCAGGCUCUGGAAUUAGUGGAUUGUAGGCUGGGGAACUCUGAGCCCCUUGCCCUCCUGCCUGCCCUCAGCCAAUGCUCCCAUCUCACCAUGAUCAAUUUCUAUGACAAUGACAUCUCCAUUGCCGUCCUGAAGGACCUUUUCCACCACACAGCCAAUCUAAGCCAAUUGACCCUGGAGAUGUACUCUGCCCCUCUGGAGUGCUAUGAUGAUGCGGUUUUUAUCCCAGAGAGAUUUUUUCAACAUUGUCUUUAG